ACCUCUCAGCUCUGCCCCGCCUCUUCUGAUCACAUGAUAAUGAUGUCAUCACAGGUCCUUGAGCUCCUGAGAAGUCUGGAGAUCAGUCACUGCCUGAGAGGUUCCUCAGGUGUAUGACAGAUGAAGUCAGACAAUGGUCUUUUACAUCUAUGACCCACCACAGAUGGCCAGGGCCCGGCACCGCAUGACAGCGAGGAAAUUAGACCUCACCCUAGAGAUAAUCGAGCUGAUCACUGGAGAGGAUUACACCCUAGUGAAGAAGUCAUCUGGUGAGUGUGUGGCCCUCCAUGUGUUAGGAGAGCAGAGCAGGAUCUCCAUCACAGAGGAUCCGCUUCAACCCCUCAUACAUGAACAGAAGAUCCUAGGAGUCACCCACAAGAUCACUGAGCUGCUGACUGGAGAGGUUCCUGUAAGGUGUCAGGAUGUCACCGUCUUUUUCUCCAUGGAGGAGUGGCAGUAUAUAGAAGGACACGAGGAUCUGUACAAGAAUGUUAGAAUGGAGAAUAAUCCACAAAAGAUGGAGAAGGACCAGAACUGCAUGACCGCGAGGAUAGUAGACCUCACCCUAGAGAUAAUCGAGCUGAUCACUGGAGAGGAUUACACCCUAGUGAAGAAGUCGUCUGAGUGUGUGGCCCCCCGUUUGUUAGGAGAGCAGAGCAAUAUCCCCAUCACAGAGGAUCCGCCUCAACCCCUCAUACAUGAGCAGAAGAUCCUAGAACUCACCAGCAAGAUCACUGAGCUGCUGACUGGAGAGGUCCAUGUAAGGUGUCAGGAUGUUGCUAUCUAUUUCUCCAUGGAGGAGUGGGAGUAUAUAGAAGGACAUGAGGACCUAUACAAGGACGCCAUGAUGGAGGACCACCGGCCCCUCACAUCACAGGAUGGAUCCAGUCGGAGAACUCGACCAGAAAGAUGUCCCCGUCCUCUAUAUUCCCAGGAUUGUCUGAAAGAAAAGCAAAGUAUCCCACUGGAUCAUCAGGAACGUUCUGGUGCAAAGACAAGUGGACUCGAAAAACUCCUCACAGUAUUAGUGAAUGAUAAAGACGCAAUCAGAGGUUCCCAUGGACAUCUUAAUCGACCUCCAUAUCCUAAAGUGGAGGAAAAUCAGUCAUGGAUCGAAAUAAAAAGACCUGGACAUACACUGGAGAAAACAUUUGCAUGUUCUGAAUGUGGGAAAUGUUUUACCCAGAAAUCAUAUCUUGUUAGACAUGAGAGAAGUCACACAGGAGAGAAGCCGUAUUCAUGUUCUGAAUGUGGAAAAUGUUUUAGAGAGAAAUCCGAUCUUGUUAGACAUCAGAAGAUCCACACUGAAGGGAAGCCGUAUUCAUGUGCUGAAUGUGGGAAAGAUUUUAAAAACAAAUCUUAUCUUACCCUACAUGAGAGAAUUCACUUAAAUGAAAGGCCAUUUUCAUGUUCAGAAUGUGGUAAAUCAUUUACUAGGAAAGAAGUUCUUGUUGGACAUCAGAAAAUUCACACAGGAGAGAAGCCAUUUUCAUGUUCGCAGUGUGGGAAACAUUUUAAAAAGAAAUCUAAUCUUUCCACACAUGAGAAGAUUCAUAGAGGCGAGAAGCCAUUUUCAUGUUCACAAUGUGGGAAAUGUUUUAUUAGCAAAUCAAUUCUUGUUGAACAUCAGAGAACUCACACAGGAGAGAAGCCAUUUUCAUGUUCUGAAUGUGAGAAGUGUUUUACCCAGAAAUCAUAUCUUGUUAGACAUCAGCGAAGUCACACAGGAGAGAAGCCGUAUUCCUGUUCUGAAUGUGGGAAACAAUUUAUAAAGAAAUCUAAUCUUUCCCUACAUGAGAGAAUUCACAUAGAUGAAAGGCCAUUUUCAUGCUCAGAAUGUGGGAAAUGUUUUACUAGGAAGGCAGUUCUUGCUGAACAUCAGAAGAUUCACACAGGAGAAAAGCCAUUUUCAUGCUCAGAAUGUGGGAAAUCCUUUAGUAGGAAAUCAGUUCUUGUUGAACAUCAGAAAAUUCACACAGGAGAGAAGCAAUUCUUAUGUUCAGAAUGUGGAAAGUGGUUUAAUCUUAAACAUCAUCUUCUGAGACAUCAAAGAAUUCACACAGGAGAGAAGCCAUUUUCAUGUCCUGAAUGUGGGAAGCAUUUUAGUCGUAAUUCAUACCUUAUAGAACAUCUAAGAAUUCAUACAGGGGAGAAGCCUUUUUCAUGUUCAGAGUGUGGGAAAUCUUUUCCAUGGAAAUCAGAACUUGUUGGACAUCAGAGAACUCACACAGGGGAGAAUCCAUAUUCAUGCUCAGAAUGUGGAAAAUGCUUUACAUGUAAAGAGUCUCUUGAGAAUCAUAAGAGAAUUCACACAGGAGAGAAACCAUUUUCAUGUUCAGAAUGUGGGAAAUGUUUUAGCAGGAAAUCGAGUCUUGUUCUACAUCUGAGAACUCACACAGGGGAGAAGCCAUAUUCAUGUUCAGAAUGUGGAAGAUGUUUUUCCCAGAAAUCCACUCUUGUUGAACAUCACAGAAUUCACACAAGAGAGCAGCCACAUUCGUGUCCUGAGUCUAGGAAUUUUUUGAGUCAGAAAUCAGGUCUUGUGCAAGGUUUAAAAAAUACUGCAGGAGAAAAGCUGUUGUCAUGUUUAGAAUGUGGGAAAUGUUUUACUAGGAAAUCAGUAUUUCUUGAACAUCAGACCAUUCACACAGGAGAGAAGCCAUUUUCAUGUUCAGAAUGUGGGAAAUCUUUCACUAAUGAAUCUUACCUUGUUGAUCAUCAGAGAAUUCACACAGGAAAGAAGCCAUUUUCAUGUUUGGAAUGCGGGAAAUGGUUUAUACAUAAGACUUCUCUUGAGGUACAUCUGAAAGUUCACAGGGGGGAGAAGCCUUUUUUAUGUUCAGAAUGUGGGAAAUAUUUUAGCCAGAAAUCAGUUUUUCUUAUUCAUCUGAAAACUCACACAGGGAAGGCGUCAUUGUCAUGUUUAAAGUGCGGAGAAUGUUUUAAGCAUAAAUCUUCCCUUGUGGAACAUCUAAUAAUUCACACCGGGGAGCAGCCAUAUUCUUGUUUUGAAAGUGGGAACUGUUAUAGUCAAAAAUCAGGUUUUGUUGAAUAUCUAACAAUUCACACAGGAGAGGAACCGUUUUCAUGUCCAGAAGGUGGGAAAUGUUUUACAGAGAAAUCUGGUCUACUUACACAUCAGAAAAGUCACACAGGAGAGAAACCAUUCUCAUGUUUGGAUUGUGGGCAGUGCUUUAUGCUUAAAGGACAUCUUGAGAGACAUCAGCAAAUUCACACAGGGGAGAAGCUGUUUUCAUGCUCAGAAUGUGAAGAAGGUUUUACCCAGGAAUCAACUUUAUUUGAACAUCAGAGAAUUCACACAUGGGAAUAAAUGUUUUUAUGUCCUGAAAGCGGGAAAUGUUUUACCCACAAAUAAGGAUUUCUGGAGCAUCUGAGAAUUCACACUGGAAAGAAUCCAUUGUAAGAUUGAGAUGAUACCUUCUGAGGUAUUAGACCAGCACCUCCAAAAUAAAGAGGGGUUCAGGUGCACGCAACAAUGACUGCAGUCAUGUAAACGCAAACACGGACUACAAAUAGCAGCAUGCUACGCUAUGUACUAGGACACAUGUAAACCCUUGGAAACCGUGAAUAAAAGAAGUUAAAAUUAUUCCUCAACUUACUAUAUGAAAAUUAGCUCAUUUUUCAUCAAAGUUGUGUCGGGGCCAUCUACUAGCAACUCUUUAAAUGCCUGGCUACAGCAAA